GCGUGACGCCGGAAAGUGGCGCACGCGGACCGGAAAAGGUCCUCGGGGACACGGUGGAGAUGGAAGCCUAAGGGAGGGGUCGUCCGGAUUGCUCUCCACUCAUGCUUUCUUGCAGAAAUGUUUGCGUUUCCCCAGGAAAUACGAGUUUUGUUUCGCCGUUUGCAAAGACGCUUUUCCUGCCUCACGUUUGAUGUAGGAAACCGUUUUGAAUGCAGUUACUGUCGUUUUAAUAGGCGUAGCUAGCUGCGCGUGAGAGCGCCCACCGGCUCCUGCCAUGGCGGAGCGCGGCGCACACCUAACCGCUACCGCCACCCAGCUGGAGGACACACCGUCCAUCUUCGAGGUGCUGGCGCAGGAUUCGCUGAUGGGCGCCGUGAGACCGGCUCUGCAACACGCCGUCAAGGUCCUGGCAGAGUCAAACCCUUCACGCUACGGUCCCCUCUGGAGAUGGUUUGAUGAAAUCUACACAGUCCUUGAUCUGUUGCUACAGCAUCACUUCCUGUCGCGGACCAGCGCUUCUUUUUCUGAGAACUUCUAUGGCCUGAAGCGUGUGGUCACCUCAGGCCUUCAGCGGUCUGCUCAUCUUGGGCUUCACAGCAGACAGCGCUGGAACUCACUGCUCCUGCUUGUCCUGGUGCCAUACCUGCAUGCUAAGCUGGAGAAGGUUCUGGCCAGACAGAGAGAAGAGGAUGACUUCUCCAUCCAGUUGCCACAGACCCGUUUCCAGCGAAUGUACCGGGCCUUCUUGGCAGCCUACCCCUUCGUCAGCACGGUCUGGGAGGGCUGGACUUUCUGCCAGCAACUGUUGUAUGUCUUUGGCCGGACUUGGCGUCACUCACCGCUGCUGUGGCUGGCUGGGGUCAGACUGGUGCACCUCACAGCACAUGACAUUCUCAAUAUGGAUUUGAAGCCCACCACCACUUCUUUGGCUACCAGCCAACGCUUUGGUGAAAAGCUGCAGCAGAUGUUGUCCACAGUUGUGGGUGGCAUUGCUGUCUCCCUUUCCACUAGCCUGUCCUUAGGAGUGUUCUUCCUUCAGUUUUUGGAGUGGUGGUACUCCUCAGAGAACCAGAGCACGAUCAAAUCCCUAACCUCCCUACCCACACCCCCUCCUCCUCUCCACCUCGACCAGCGUAACGAUCAGCCCAACCUGCCUGCGAACGUGUGCCCGCUGUGCCGCAAGGUCCGUGCCAAUGAUACAGCCUUGGCUACCUCUGGAUACGUUUUCUGUUACCGCUGCAUAUACAUCUAUGUCAAAGCCCACCAACGAUGCCCUCUGACUGGAUACCCGACUGAACUGCAACACCUUAUCAAAAUCUAUUCCCCAGAAGGAUAGACUGAGGUGAUCGAUGUACCAUUUACCAGAGCACUGCAGUCCUGAUAGGAAUCCUCCUGGGCAAACUGACUGUGAUGGAUUGCUACCCUGAAAAUAGCACACUGAAACCAGUGCUUUUGUAGCUGGCAUUCCAAAUUAAACUUGUAAAUGCACUACUUCUGUGCGUGUGCUCCUUUGCUAUUUACCAAGUCAGCAACAGGUAGGUAUUUGACACCAAAUGCAGCUUCUUUGGAAGUAAAAGCAGAUUAAUGUAAAACAAAGCAGGCUGUGAUAAAGAGCCAGCCUCCAUCCCCUACAUCUCAACUUGUAUGUGACUCACUUUCGUAAUGCUAACAUUUCAUCAAGGUACACUCACGUAUAGCCGAUAAAGGAUCUCCUGGAAUUCCUAGUCCAAGCAAGUGAACGUAUAAAAGGUGCUGGCUUCCUGCAAGGUUUCUGUUGAACUUUUGAUAUGAUGCAUUUGAGAGUAAAGGGGGUUACUAUUUCAGAUGUGCAAUGUAAUGUGUUGGGGACCAUGCAUGGGAACGGCACUGCAGCAGUGGUAAAGAAGGGUUACAGUCUUGGAACUUUAUGUGCAGAAGAUGAAUUUAUUCUACUUAACAGCUGUUUAUCCCAUUGUUGCCUCGAGAACGAUGCGUUAGAGAGCAGGUAUCAAGAUUCUGAGACUUACACUGGCCCUCUUCUGGUACACUACAUGUUAUAUACUCACCAGAUGUUACAUGAGUGCUUGGUUUAAACCACUUGUUGGUUUAUUUCAACUUUCCUGACACAUGUCAGAUGUUCCACUCCGGGUUUAAAACAGUUUGGGCAUCUUGCUUCGAAGUGACAUUCCUUGUUUUGUGGCCCAGUGCAAUUGGCAGAGAACAGGUUCAUUCCUCUUCAGGGUGUCUGCAGCAGAAACAUUGUCCAGAAUACACUAAAUUUGUCAGACACUAAGCAGAUUAUACAGAAUUUAUAUCUCUUUGUAUAACAAACUCCAACAGAUGUGACA